AUACUGCCAGUACUCAACCAGAGCCGAUCUAAGGCAGAACACCCAAAGCACACACAAAUCCAAAUCAUGUCCCAAUUGCUGUCGCUGCUCAUUGUCGGUUUGCUGGCUGUUGCCGCAACUGGUGUUGCCGGCGGGAGGAAGGACCAGAAAAAAGCCGGAGACUGUCCACAGAUGAAACUGAAGCGUCAAUGGGGCGGCAAACCGGCGCGCGGUCUCGAUUAUCAGGUGCGACCGGUGCCCUUCGUUAUCAUCCAUCACACUGUGACCGGCGAGUGCAACUCGUUUGUCCAAUGCGCCGAGAUACUGCAGGGCAUGCAGACCUAUCAUCAGACCGAACUGAACUACUAUGACAUUGGCUACAACUUUCUCAUUGGUAGCGAUGGGCUCGUGUAUGAGGGUAAAGGAUGGGGCGUCACUGGCGCCCACACCUAUGGCUACAAUGGCAACGGCACGGGCAUUGCCUUCAUUGGCAACUUUGUGGAUAAGCUUCCGCCGACGGCGGCGCUGAAAGCGUGCAAACAGCUCAUAGAAUGUGGCGUGAAGCUGGGCGAACUGAGCGAGGAUUACGGAUUGAUUGGUGCCUCACAGGUAAUAUCCACACAAAGUCCUGGGCUGACGCUUUACAACGAGAUUCAGGAGUGGCCCCAAUGGUUGUCCAAUCCCUGAUUUGUGGAAAUUACUCAGAAAAAUUGUGUUAAAAAUAUAUUCAUAAUAUUUUGUAUUUA